AUAAAACUUGCACGAGCCAUGGCAGCGCUGUCAGUGUGGAAAAUCGAUAAUUCCUCGAACGUCACUACAAAGUAUGUGCUGAUACUACAAGCGAUUGAGUGAUUGCAAACGGAAAACCUGCAGUGGCUCAUCAUUAACAAUAUGGCUGCUCAACGUAACGGCGCUUUAGGCUUAGCGCUCUUCGUUACACUCUUGUUUGGCCAGCAGCAAAAUGUCGACGCAUUCAAUUCCAUGGAGGCUUUUAGUGCCAAGGAUAAUAUUUUCGCCGAUGUGUUGCUCACCGAGCUACUAAAUCGCAUGGAUAAGGACAUCGAUCCAAUGCAAAAUUACUUCGAUUUGCUUGGUGAUGCACCGAAGAGUGUGGAUCUGAUGUCACGCACCUCGAAGAACAAUGCACCGGAUGAGUAUGAGUAUCGCGGCAUGUACGGUGGGCAUCCGUCCAUACGCGAUCAAGAGUACAUGCAGCACAGUUCUUUGUGGGGACAUCAGUACAUCAACGGCGGCAUGGGCGAGAUGCCAAAUCGUUUUCCGGCCAUCAAAACGGAUGCCACGUUGCCGGCCUACUGCAAUCCACCGAAUCCCUGUCCAUAUGGCUAUGACGAGAGUCAAGGUUGCAUCUCGGACUUUGAGAAUACCGCUAUUUUCAGUCGCGAAUUCCAAGCUGCACAGGACUGCACCUGCGACAAUGAGCAUAUGUUCGAUUGCGCUGGUCAGGACAGCAAUGCCAGCGCCAAUGAGAUGACCUCGACUAUGGAGAAAUUCUUGAUGCAUCAAUUCCAGAAUGAAAACGGUCUUGACAACCCCAAUGCAGUGGUUAAGAAGUUCUACGGUUUUGCUACUGGUCAUGGCGGUCCGAAUAAUCCCUUCUUGCAGGGUGAGAAGCUACCCAUAGCCGCCAAGAAGGGUGCUCAUAUUAGCGAUUAGACGGCACAUGGCAUUGGUAUAAUAGUUAAUGGAUAUUGUCAUUAGUUUCAAAUACUUAACCAGGCACACGGACAAAAAUAUAUAUAUAUAUAUAUAUCUAUACAUAUACAAAUGAGUAUUCUUGCUGUCAAAUAUCAAAUAUCAGGCUAUACAUAUAUAUGUAUGUACGCAUAUUUAAGUUAACGGGUGCGCAGCAAUUUCGGAGCAUAUAUUUAUUAUAAAUGUUAAAACCAUAAAUUAUCUGUUUCGGGGCAUAUAUUUAUUAUAAAUGUUAUAACCAUAAAUUAUUCAGCUAUCUAUUCCGGAGCACAUAUUUAUUAUAAAUGUCAAAACCAUAAAUUAUCUGUUUCGGGGCAUAUAUUUAUUAUAAAUGUUGAAACCAUAAAUUAUUCAAAUAUUCAAUAUUCAAUUAUAUAACAUUUCACUCGUUGUAAUUAAAUUGAUGACAGAAUCUUCACAUCUAUAUGUAUAACGGCAUUAAGGCAUCAGUACUUGUGCGAAUAACCAAGGUCUCUAAUUUGUUGAUCACAUACAAACAGCUCGGUGUUGGCUUUAUCGAAAUUUCUCCUAACUAAAUAAAUAUAUAUGUAUAAAACUAAAAA